GGGCGUAACAUUCCGGUGACUGGUCCGGGAGACUCGACCAUCAAAUGUUCGACGCGUCGCAGCAUCGUAACGCGCCACACAUUAGCACACUCACUCAAGCUAAUCAACAUGUCUGGGGCAGCGAAUGGAGGAGGCGCAGCAGCGGCGCGGAGCGUCACGCCGAACGGGCAGCAGGACUACGACGUGACGCGGAUGCGCGAGGAGGACUUCGAGCGGCUGGCCGUCUACAUCGUGCCGGACAUGCCGUGCGAGAAGGGGGCCCCGGGCCGCGCCGAGAAGACCCUGCCCCGCAGCCUCACCCUUAAACCGUCGGCCGUCCUCUCCACGCCCACCUCCACGACCGAAGGCGUGUGGAGUACGGGGGUGAUCCCCCGCGGGACCCGCUUCGGGCCGUUCGAGGGCUGCCGGACGCCGAGCCACCCGAGCGACAAGCAGCUGUGGCGGUACUUCUGGCGGGUUCAGGAACUGCGGCACGUCUCCUACGGCAACAUCAAGAUAUUCAAGGACAGUGACUUCUACUACCUGGACGGGUCGGACACGGCGCAGGCGAACUGGAUGCGGUACGUGGCGUCGGCGUACAGCUUCGGGGUGAUGAACCUGGUGGCGUGCCAGCACCAGGAGCACAUCUACUUCUACACGAUCCGGGACAUCAUGCCGAACGAGGAGCUGAUGGUGUGGUACUGCCGCGACUUCGCCAAGCGCCUCGGCUACGACAUCGACCCGGAGCGGGCCACCUACUCCAUCUGCCGCGAGGAGGUGGUGAAGAAGAGCUACGCCAAGCAGCCGGUCCCGCCGGAGGUCGCCUACAACCACGUGAAGCACGUGAUGGGCCUCUACCUGCCCGCGAUCCGCAGCACGCCGACCCCGAGCCCGUCCCCGCCACCACCGACUGCGACGGCGGUGGCGCCGGCUCCUUCCGCUGCGGCGGGUCCGACUCCUGUGGCCGCUCCGACCAGCGUUCUAGUUCCUUCCAAGCACCACCCGUUGGGUCACCUGCACCACCACCACCACCACCACCAGCACCAUCCGACGGUGCUGCGUGAGCCACGGGGUGGCGGUGGGGAAGUGGCGCUCACCCGCGAUCGCUCACCGAUCCGGAUCGUGAUCCGUGGGCAGAGUCCACCUCAACCGACGGCUCCAGCAGCGACGGCGACGACGACGACGACCGACGCCGACUCGCCGAAGGAGACGCUCCCGUACGAGCAUCAGCUGACGCCGAACGAUGGGUCGGUGAGGUCGGACGAGGGGUACCACAGCAACGGGUACCACGAGGACGGGUUCACGCCGCCGGAGGACUCGAGUGACAGUGACGAGAGCGAGCACCUCGACUACGUCCUUGACUGCUCGCAGAAGGCGAUCGAGCCGAAGGAGACGCUCACCGUCCCGCACAAGGUGGUGGGCGGGGAUAAGAACGAGUACCGGAAGGUGAAGAUGAAGAUGCCGCUCAAGUAUGAGUUCAAGAACAACAAACACUUCAAGGUGGAGAAGGAGCUGGAGCAGGAGCGGCAGCGGCAGCGGGAACGGGAGGAACUGGACGGGUCACCGGAGCUGGCGGGCGUGGGGCCCUCCGUCACGCCCGCCACCAGCACCGUGAUCGUCCUGGAGCUGGCCAAACCACCGCCCGACCCGCCGCGCCCGACCACCAAGACGUACUACGAGGCGGAAGCGACGUCGACGUCCCCACCACCGGCCCCCGCUUCCGCCCCCAGCACCACCACCUUCAUCCGGUACACGCCGCCCAGCUCCAGCAUCCUGGAGACGAUCCUGACGGGCCAGCGGGCCGCGGUGGCGGCGGCGGCGGCGGCUGCAGCCGCCUCCGGCGGUUGCGGUCCUCCGCUCCCGCCACCCCACGACGACCCGAACCGACGGCAACCGAACGCCACCCCGCCGCCCACCUCGCCCACCGAGAUGGCGUACUCGUACAAGAAGUCGCAGCGCUACGGGACGGCCUGCAGCCCCGACUCCAGCUCCCAGAACCCGCAGCCCCCCGUCGACCUUCCACCGUCGGCGGCUGGCGCCGCGGCGGUCAGUGACCUUCCGCGCAGGACGCAGGUGAUUCGGAGUGCGAAGCGCGAGGCACUCGAACCGCUCGAGGACGAGGACGAAGAGGAGGAGGACGAGGAGGUGGAUGACGCGAUGCGGCACCAUGUGCCCCAUCACCUCCUGCACCACCACCACCCGCACCACCACCACCACCCGCAUCACUCGGAGCGGUUGCAUGAGCCGCCCCGAUCUCCGUCGCCCUCGCACACUCCCCUGCCGUACCCGUCCGAUCCGCAUCACCACCACCACCCCGCUCACCACCCCGCUCAUCAACACUACCUGGGGCCGCCGCCGCCAGCACCGCCAGGAUCUUACGACGGCGGUGCCGCCGCCGGCCAGGGCUACAGUAUUUACCCCGCGUCCUCGAGCGUCAUCAACAGCGCUUCCAGCUCCACCUACAGCCCCCCGCUGAACGGGGGCCACUACGAGAGACUGACCGGGGCGGUGGGGGCGGGCACCCCCACGUCCUCGGCGACGACGCCACCGCCACCGGCCCCGGGCACCCCGCCGUUCGUGCUCCAGUCGAAGGGGCAGCUCCCGCUGGGCCACCCCCUGAUGCAGCCCCUGGCCCCGCUCACCACCACGCACCACCACCAGCACCACCAUCACCCCCCGUUGUCCCCGGGCCGUGGGUCACCUCCGAGCAGCCCGGACGGGGGCUCGUACUCGUGCGGCGGGCUGAGUCCCGGCGGAGGGACCCUCAGCCCCGGGAGCCCGAACUCGCGGGGAUACCGCAGCCUGCCGUAUCCGCUGCGGAAGCGGGACGGCAAGAUGCACUACGAGUGCAACGUGUGCAGCAAAACGUUCGGCCAGCUGUCGAACCUGAAGGUGCACCUGCGGACGCACUCGGGCGAGCGGCCGUUCAAGUGUAACGUCUGCACCAAGUCCUUCACGCAGCUCGCCCACCUCCAGAAGCACCACCUGGUGCACACGGGCGAGAAGCCGCACCAGUGCGACAUCUGCAAGAAGCGCUUCUCGUCCACGUCCAACCUGAAGACGCACCUGCGGCUGCACAGCGGCCAGAAGCCGUACGCCUGCGACCUCUGCCCGCAGAAGUUCACCCAGUUCGUGCACCUCAAGCUGCACAAGCGCCUGCACACCAACGACCGGCCGUACGUGUGCCAGGGCUGCGACAAGAAGUACAUCAGCGCGUCCGGCCUCCGGACCCACUGGAAGACCACCAGCUGCAAGCCGAACAACCUCGAGGAGGAGCUGGCCAUGGCGGCGGCCGCCACCUCCGAGUGUCUCGACAAGGACGGGCAGCCGGAGGGUGACGGCAAGUUCUACGAGAUGCACCACCACCACCAGCAGCACCCGGACCACAAGUCACCGGAAUCUCAGCAACCGGCGCUUCCGCAGGCGACGCCGUCGCCGUCGCAAGUGGCCGCCGGCAACAACAACAGCCCGAGCAGCACCAACCACAACUUGCCGCCGGCGGGAGGCGGUGGUGGCCACCACCACCUCCACUACGGUGUGCCGCAUCACUACCAUCAUCACCACUACCAGCAAGCGGCGGCCGGACCGGGGGUUCCCAACCCGGGCGCAGUGACGACGGCGGCUCAACCAUCGUCGGCCAGCGGCGGUGCACCGGAAGCGGCACCCCGCCCGAGCGUGAUCGAGUCCAGCCAGCCGAUGGUGAUCGAGUGUACGUAG